AUGGAUGCUCAAGUUGAAUUGUUGCGUCAGUUCGUGAACAUUUGCAAAAGCAAUCCAGCGAUUUUGCAUGAGCCAAGAUUCAAAUUCUACAGGGAUUAUCUUGAAAGUCUUGGUGCAAAGCUCCCACCCUCACCAAGUGAAACGAAAUCAUCCGAACCAACUGGUCAUAAUGAGGAAACACAAAUAAAUGAGCAACAAGCGGAAUCAGAAGAUGAGCUGGAACUGGACAUGUCAGGAGUAAUAAAGGGCGAAGAAGAUGAACUGCUUCCAAUGGGUGAUCAUAAUAAAGAGAUAACUGAGGAGGAUAUGGAAAAAGCAACUGAUCAACGAGUGCUUGCUGUAAAGGCAUUUAAUGAAGGAAACUAUGAGAAAGCUGUGCUGCAUUUUACUAGUGCCAUCGAACUAAACCCAGGAUUGGCAGUUUUGCACGCAAAGAGGGCGAAUGCGCUCCUGAAGUUGAACAAACCAAAUGGUGCAAUUCGCGAUUGUGAUAAAGCAAUUUCAUUAAAUGCAGACUCAGCACAAGGCUAUAAGUUUCGUGGACGAGCUCAUAGGUUACUUGGCAAUUUUGUGGAAGCUCAUCGUGAUUUAGCCAUGGCGUGUAAAUUGGAUUAUGAUGAUGAGGCGAAUGUAUGGCUUAAAGAAGUCGAAUCAAACGCCAAGAAGAUUCUCGAACACAAUCGAAAUAAACAGAGACGCAAAGAAGAAAGGGAAUUGAAAACGCGUCAGGAGCGGAUUAGACAAGCACAAGAAACACGAAAGCGAGACGAACAGGAAAAAAAGCAUGCCGACAGUACAGAAGGCUUUGGUGGUUUUGGUAUGCCAAAUAUGCCAAAAGGGUUCGAAAAAAUCUUUCAAGACUCGGAGGUUAUGAGUCUGUUGCAAGAUGAAAGCGUCCUUAAAGCCUACAUGGACAUUAUCAAUAAUCCAGCUAACAUCGCAAAACAUAUGUCAAAUCCGAAAGUUAUGAAACUGUUCAGCAAAAUUGGUAGUGCUAGUGGCGGCUUUGGCAUGAACACUCCAGAGAUGAAAGAAACAGCAAAUGGUGGGACCACGACAAACAUGGCACCACCAAACAAGGCCCCUGAACCGGAUCUUGAUUAA